AUGGCUGCUCGCAGCAAAACGCCUGCAAUUGGCUCUGCCGGAUGGAUUCUGGAGGAGCGCCAUCAAUCAAAUGACCUGGUCGCGCAGGAGCUUGAGGACUUCGGCUUCUCUGUGCGCAACGAGCUGGAAUGGCUCAACGAGCACAUGUUUGACAUCUUCGCGAAUGGCGGCCAGACCAACCUCGACGUCUUCAAGACACCGGGCAAGCUACGCGGCAAGACGCCUCGCACUGCGCGCAAGAAGAUUGCGGAGCCCCGACAGGUAGCUACGCGCGUCCAAUUUUGCGAGGCACUUGCUAACAGCAGGCAGCCGCUGGCCAGCAUUCUCUCGGUCAACUCACAGAAGAACCUCAGUCCCGCCGAAAUGAGCUUGAGGAAUACUCUUUUGAAGAGCACCACCAAACCGCGAUUUCACAUCGCAGAAGACGCAGAGAACACGACGCGUAUUGAGUCACCCACGGCAAAGACACCCGUUGCCCGGCAACUAUUCUCUAACGCACUUGGCUCUGGAAAGGAAAAUAUCGAGAGCAAUAUGGACACCAAUGCCUUUGAUAAGCCCCCAGCAGAGCCUCUGGCUGUGCCUUGGAGUCCCGUGCAAUCUUCUCAGGAUUCUGUAAUGACUUCCGAUGAUGUCUUUUCGCCCCCGCAAACACAGUCAACACAGCCUACGCAAGCAACCGACUCUUUCAAAAGCACUUCACACGAAGAAGAUGAACGGCGUGACACGGGUGAUUCUUUCGUCUCCGCAAACGAAGCUUUCGGAAACAGAAAAAUAUCGGAGGGGAUUCUGCAUGAUCAGAACGAUGAUGCGAUGGAUGUCGAUGAUAGCCGGGCCAAUCUUUGCAAUUCUGAUGCGCAAGGCACCGUUGUUCAUCAUGACUCAAGCAUGAAUGACGAUCAAAACGAGGCCAUGGAAAGCAUGCCCAACUUUCCGGAACCACCCCGCAUUUCUGAACAAUAUAGCAUUUCUGCAGACACGCACGAGGCGCUGGACACCGCCAACCAUGGUGCCUUUGCCGCAGAGCCCAAAAAUCGUUUCGCACCAGAUCAGUCCACAACACCCGCUGGUCCACCCCCAGGCGAACAAAUCGAGUUUGAUGAUACUGUCGUCCAUCACGAUAUCGAUGAUCAAAUGGACAUGGACGAUGAUGUACGUUCUCCUUCAGAUAAUUCGAGUCCCGUGAAGCCGCUAGUUAGGAAGAGCAGUCUCACUUUCGCCUCUUUGCCGGCGCGUGAACCUUUGAUUGCCAAAAAGAGCAUGGGCAACCGCGUCUCGCGUACAAGUCAUCUCGAUCAAGCACGCGGCCGCAACAGCCAAAUGGGCCGGUUUACGGGGGGUAAGAGCUUAGGUGGCUCACAAUUAGCUCAUCCGGCAGAGGUGCACCAUGAUGAUGAAAUGGAGACCGACACAGAGCGUCCAGAACUUCAGAGAGAAGAAUCAGAGUCGACCAAAAUCCACAACAAGACUUCGACCCAGCGACUCUUUGAGCGCAUCAACAUGCUCAAACAACAAAAUGAAGCACCGAAGCGUAUCAGCCAGAAUAUACAAUCUUCACAGUCCUCUCAGCCGCAGAGCUUCUCCACACAUCCCAAAGAGGACAUUCCUCAGGCGCAAUCAUCUCAACCCUCGUACCCUGCACUACACACCGUCGACUCCGCGAAAGACGAUGACGACGAUGAAGAUGAUUGGAUCUCUCCCGUUAUCAUGGCAGCACCUGUUCCGAAGACCACCAAACCGGCACUUAGCAAGAGCCACACUGCCGAACCCACGCAGUCACCCGCGAGGUCUAAACCUACAGGCCUGAACUCUAGCUCAAACCCGGAUCUCGCAUCAGCUGUCGAGUCAACAACUCCUGUAGGCUCUCCGACGGGCAAGAAAUACAUGGAUGGUGCUCUCAGUGCGUCCAAAUCAAAGCUAUACUCAGCUUUCCGCUCAGCCAAGGAAAAGCUCAUUGGUUCAAGCGCAACCAGCGCUCAGGCGAAACUCGAUGCGUUGAAUGACAGCCCCAGGAGACCCCAAAUCACGUCACAAGAGUCGGCAGAUGAUAUCUUCACCAGCCCGAAGAGAACAGAGAAACCUGCUGGAAUCUUCUCGCAUAUCCGCUCACCAUCAAAAGAGUCAAACAAAUCUGCUAAAUCCAACAAGAGCGCCAUGGUGCAUGGAAGUCCCACCAAGGGCGAUGGUCGCCGUACUCGUAGCUCCACUGAGCGCGAGAAGCUGCAAGAGCGGGAAAUCAGGGAGAAAGAUGCAAAAGAAGCUAAGCAACAGCAACGCGCUGAAGACAAGCUCAAAGACAUGCGCGAAAAGGAGCAGAGCAAGGCCGCGGCACAGCAUCAGAAGGCCAGAGCUAUCGGAGCAAAGACUCCCUCGGCAAUGUCAUCCUCCUCAAGCCUACGACAACCGGCCGCUAGUGGAGCUGCCAAAACACCAGUCGCGGUACCAGGGCCGCCACAACAGGCUUCCCGGCCCGGCAUCAGUCGAACCAAUACAGCCUCAUCUAGAGAGCAAGAUGUCGACUCCACAGACGAGAUGCCACCGCCCGCUGCACCAAAGAGCUUGUUGCCGACCACCAAGACGACGAAAGCAUCUCUUCGUGAGCCCAGGAAGCUCACUAAACCAAACAGCAAGGACACAUUGCCUAAAACCAAGGCACCGCAGAAGAUCAUGGUCAACCUCAACAGCAGCACAUAUGGCCGUGCUCCGCCACCUGCUCCUCGUCCAGCUCCAGUCUCAAGCAAGCCACCUCCAGUUGCUCCUCAGGCAGUCGUCAAGUCUAGUGCCCCAGCGCCUCGACCAAUCUCAGCCGCAAGGCCUGCUUCAGCAAUGGCUGGCAAAGCAGGUUCAUCGAAGGCAGCGCAGCCUAUCGCUAAGCCUACAACAGGCCCUCGAUUAAAUCGUGCACAAACUCUGGCUACGGAGAAACCUAAAGCUCCUGCACCGGCGCCUCGUGCUGAUCUUGGUGCUGCUCGGCCCGUCUCUCGGAUGCAAACAGUUCAAGAUGCUACUCGCAUCAACAUUCCUCAGAUCAACCCUGCUAAGCCACCCAAACGUCCCUUCCAAGGAGAGAACGAUGAGACGCUCCAUCGCCCAGCCAAGCGACCAUCGCAACAAGCGAAGAUGAACCCAAUCACUCCUGCACAUGCACAGUUCGCAAAGGGCAAGAUCCCCUUCGCAGAAACAGCCCACCCACCCCAACAAGCUGCUGCAAUUCAGUAUCCCAACGGAGAUGAUAUCAAGCUUCCUGAAAUCAUGACUGACUCUGAAGAUGAGGAUUCUGACAAUGACUUCGAGCAGCCUAGCUGGGUCAACACGCCCAAUCUGCGCGAGAUGCUCAGCAACCAGCAACUCAUGGACCCAGAAGCUAUUUUCGGCCCCAUCCCCGCUCUGGAAAUGGAAAAGGUUUUCCCGAACAAAGAGCGCCAUAAACGAUUCCGCGAGCGCACGAGCAGCGCCUUCUGGGCAAACGAUGAGGUCACGGCUGAGGAGAAGAGGAAGGAGAGAGAGGCGAGGGAGAGACUUGUGAGGGAGGGAGGCUGGACGUAUAAUCCUUCUCCGCGUCCGACUCAUGCCGGUCCGUCCCGCUAG